UAAAAUUCUAAGAGCGCCAAUAUGUCCACAAAAGAUCAAAAUCAAGAGGAACUAAUGCAAGAAUACUGCAAGAACCUGUUGUCAACCCUCCCCAAAGAGAGAUGGUUUGGUUCUUCUUAUCUGUACAAGUACAAUGGCUUUUGGCUCAGUACUAAAUUGUUGCCGGGGCUCAUUGCAUGCCAAAACAACUUCCAAGCUCAAGACACUGAUGUCCUACUAGUUAGCACUCCCAAAUCAGGCACCACAUGGCUGAAGGCCCUUACGUUCACCUUAGCCAACCGAAAGAUUUAUCCAAUCAACCAAAACCAUCCUUUGCUCAAGCAAAAUCCUCACUCUCUGAUGCCAUUCAUGGAAUUUUUUUUCUCACCAGAAAAAAUGAACCCUGACUUAUCUUGUCCAUUGGGAAGACCAUAUUCGAGUCACUGUCCACUUGCCCUACUACCCGAGUCGGUGCUGAAAUCAGGUUGCAAGAUUGUCUACCUAUGCAGAAAUAUUAAGGAUACUUUCGUCUCAUAUUGGCAUUUCUCUAAGAAGUUAGGGGCUGAAGCUUCACUCGAAGAGUUUUUCGACAUGUUUUGUGAGGGAGUGAGCCUUUCUGGACCAGUUUGGGAUCAUGUUUUAAGCUACUGGAGAGAAAGCUUGGAGAAGCCUGAAAAGGUCCUGUUUUUGAAGUAUGAAGCCCUGCAGGAAAAGCCAAGUUUUCAUCUGAAACUUUUAGCUGAGUUCAUGGGGUGUCCGAUUUCACCCGAGGAAGAGACAUGUGGUUUUGUUGAUGAGGUUUUGGGGCUUUGUAGCUUUGAUAACUUGAGCAAUUUGGAGGUGAACAAGAGCGGGACCUCCUGGCCUGUUAGAAAUGAAAUGUUUUUUCGGAAAGGAAACGUUGGAGAUUGGAAAAAUUAUUUGACAGGUGAGAUGGAAGAACGCAUUGAUCAUAUCACUGCCCAAAAGUUCUUCGGAUCUGGAUUGAGUCUAUAGGAUUGUGUAAAAGAUUCAAAAACCCAUUCGUUUGGAUCUGGAUUGAGUCUCUAGGUAUUGGUAUUCCUUAAUCCAAGCAUGGUUGUGUUGUUCCAAAUUUACAUGUGUGUGUUGUUGUUAUCACAUGUCUUGUACUGUAAAUUACAAAUAUCAUCAAAAAUUAAUACUUGUUAUUGAUAUUAAAAAGU